CCUCCGCCAGCUCCUUUCACAUGGAGCGUUGAUUCGUCUGGCAGGAGAACCGACGUCUCGGUGGAUCCGUGUCAGAAAAGCCAGACAGACACCCACAUUUCAGCAGCAACAAACAACCACACGAGAGCACGUCGGUCAAAACAGACAAAGAUGGAGUGUGAGUGGAAGCCAGACGAGCUGGGACUGCAACAGAUACUCCAGCUGCUGAAGGAGUCUCAGUCGCCAGACACGUCCACGCAGAGAUCCGUCCAGCAACGACUCGAGCAGCUGAACCAUUUUCCAGAUUUUAACAACUAUUUAAUAUUUGUUUUGACAAAAUUAAAAUCAGAAGACGAGCCGACUCGCUCGCUCAGCGGUCUGAUUCUGAAGAACAACGUGAAAGCUCACUAUCAGAACUUCCCAAAUGGCGUAUCUGAAUUCAUCAAGAGCGAGUGCCUCCAAAACAUCGGAGACUCGUCUCCCCUUAUCCGGGCCACAGUGGGUAUCCUCAUCACUACCAUUGCCUCUAAAGGAGAACUGCAAAACUGGCCUGAGCUUCUGCCUAAACUCUGUCUGUUACUGGACUCUGAGGACUACAACACAUGUGAGGGAGCUUUCGGGGCGCUGCAGAAGAUCUGUGAAGACUCUGCAGAGAUCCUAGACAGUGACUUACUGGAUCGUCCUCUUAACAUCAUGAUCCCCAAAUUUUUGCAGUUUUUCAAGCACAACAGUCCUAAAAUCAGGUCUCACGCCAUCGCCUGCGUCAACCAGUUUAUCAUUAGCAGGACUCAGGCUCUAAUGCUUCACAUCGACCCUUUCAUUGAGAACCUGUUUGCACUGGCAACCGAUGAGGAGCCAGAAGUGAGGAAGAAUGUUUGCAGAGCUCUUGUCAUGCUGCUGGAGGUUCGCCUAGAUCGUCUCCUGCCACACAUGCACAACAUCAUCGAGUACAUGCUUCAGAGGACCCAAGACCAGGAUGAGAAUGUUGCCUUGGAGGCUUGUGAGUUCUGGCUCACACUGGCAGAGCAGCCGGUGUGUAAGGACGUGCUGUGCGGUCACCUCUCCCAGCUCAUUCCUGUGCUCGUCAAUGGGAUGAAGUACUCUGAGAUCGACAUAAUCUUGCUCAAGGGGGACAUUGAGGAGGACGAGGCUAUCCCAGACAAUGAGCAAGACAUCAGACCUCGUUUCCACCGCUCCCGUACAGUCGCCCAGCAGCAUGAGGGGGAUGACAUUGGGGAAGAAGACGAUGAGGAUGAUGAACUAGACGAUGAUGACACUAUCUCUGACUGGAACCUGCGAAAGUGUUCUGCAGCAGCACUGGAUGUGUUGGCCAAUGUGUUCAGGGAUGAUCUGUUGCUGCACAUUUUGCCCCUUCUCAAAGAGCUGCUCUUCCAUCCAGAGUGGGUAGUUAAAGAGUCUGGCAUCCUGGUUCUGGGAGCUAUAGCUGAAGGGUGUAUGCAGGGUAUGAUCCCAUACCUGCCUGAGCUCAUUCCACAUCUCGUUCAGUGUUUGUCUGACAAAAAGGCGUUGGUCCGAUCCAUCACCUGCUGGACAUUAAGUCGCUAUGCUCACUGGGUUGUCAGCCAGCCUCCAGACAUUUACCUGAAGCCUUUAAUGACCGAGCUGCUCAAACGUAUUCUGGAUAGCAACAAGCGAGUACAGGAGGCUGCAUGCAGUGCCUUUGCUACUUUAGAGGAAGAGGCUUGCACGGAGCUGGUGCCAUACCUAGCGUUCAUCCUGGACACAUUGGUGUUUGCCUUCAGCAAGUAUCAACACAAAAAUCUUCUCAUUCUUUAUGAUGCCAUCGGAACGCUUGCAGAUUCAGUGGGACACCACCUCAAUAAACCAGAGUACAUCCAGAUGUUGAUGCCACCUCUGAUACAGAAAUGGAACCAGCUCAAAGAUGAAGACAAGGAUCUGUUCCCACUGUUAGAAUGUUUGUCGUCUGUAGCCACAGCCCUGCAGAGUGGCUUCCUGCCCUACUGUGAGCCUGUGUACCAGCGAUGUGUCAACCUGGUUCAGAAGACCUUAGCUCAGGCUAUACUUCAUCAGUCCCAGCCAGACCAGCACGAGGCCCCAGACAAAGACUUCAUGAUUGUGGCUUUGGAUCUUCUGAGUGGACUGGCUGAAGGUUUGGGAGGCACCAUCGAGCAGCUGGUGGCUCGCAGCAACAUCCUCACUCUUCUGUACCAGUGCAUGCAGGACAAAAUGCCAGAAGUGCGCCAGAGUUCUUUUGCUCUGCUCGGGGAUCUGACCAAAGCUUGUUUCCAGCAUGUGAAGCCAUGCAUCGCUGAUUUUAUGCCCAUACUGGGAACUAAUUUAAACCCAGAGUUAAUAUCUGUGUGCAACAAUGCAACGUGGGCUAUUGGAGAGAUAUCUAUACAGAUGGGACCGGAAAUGCAGCCGUACGUUGCCAUGGUGCUGCACCAGCUGGUGGAGAUCAUUAACCGACCUAAUACCCCAAAGACUCUGCUGGAAAACACAGCAAUAACAAUUGGUCGUCUUGGUUACGUUUGUCCUCAAGAGGUGGCACCCAUGCUACAGCAGUUUAUAAGACCCUGGUGUACCUCUCUGAGAAACAUCAGAGACAAUGAGGAGAAAGAUUCGGCUUUCAGAGGAAUUUGCACCAUGAUCAGUGUAAAUCCAGGAGGCGUGGUGCAGGACUUUAUAUUCUUCUGUGACGCAGUGGCCUCCUGGGUAAACCCAAAGGAUGAUCUCAGAGACAUGUUCUACAAGAUCCUUCAUGGGUUCAAGAACCAGGUGGGAGAAGAGAACUGGAGGCGCUUCUCAGACCAGUUCCCAACGCCGCUGAAGGAACGGCUGGCAACCUUUUAUGGGGUGUAG